CCAUCUGAGCUGCCCGUCAGUGCCACCUAUCAAUGCCAGUCAGUGCCACCUAUCAAUGCCAGUCAGUGCCACCUAUCAAUGCCAGUCAGUGCCGCCUAUCAGUGCUGCCAAUCAGUGCCCCCUAUCAGUGCCAGUCAGUGCCGCCUAUCACUGCGUAUCAGUGCUGCCUAUCAGUGCCAUGCCAGUCAGUACCGCCUAUCAGUGCCGCCUAACAGUGCCAGUCAGUGCCACCUAACAGUGCCAAUCAAUACCAACUAUCAGUGCCAGUAAGUGCCGUC